ACCCUAAACCCUUCAUCUCCAUCAGCAACACCCAGCGCAUCGGACGCGGCGCGCAUGCACGCGGAGGAGAUGGCACGGCAGCGCUUUUGACGGACAUGCGGAAUUAAGUUCUUCUUUCUAUAUAUCUUCUUUCUAUUGGGGGGUUAUCAGACAUCCGCGAUGGAGGCAGAGGAGGGUAAAAUCUCGGUGUGGGUCUGCCGAGAGGAGAAGCUUGUCUUCGGCUUGUCAAAGCGCACAGCCUGCACUGAUGUUGUCAAAGUCCUUCUGGAGGAGCAGAACGCACGGCGCGGCCUCCCCGACGCCCCGUGCCCUCACUCCUACUGCAUAGUGGAGAAGUGGAGAGGUUUCGAGAGGACCUUAUCGAACAAAACCAAGAUUCUGCGGCUGUGGUUCGCGUGGGGAGAGGAGCAGAGGAACGUCACGUUUGCGCUGGUGAGAAGUGAGGCGUCUUUGGCCACCCACGGAGCCCGCAGCGCAGAGGCGCGCGUGGUGCUCAGCAGACACAGGCCCUGUGUUACCAAGGGCCCCGCGCGGUCUCCCGAGGGGAGCAUCCCACCCGAGAAACACCGGCGGGUCGUCAGGAAAGCUUUCAGGAAGCUGGAGAAGAUCAACAAAAAGAGGGCGCCGAGAGACGCGUCCUCCGCGGAGAAGAUCGAAACUUUGGUCCAUCUCGUGAUUUCUCAGGACCACACGAUGCGCCAGCAGGUCCAGAGGAUGACACAGCUGGACGCAGACAUCCAGGUGUGCGAGGCGAAGGUGCAUUCCGACCGAAUGGAAAAACACGGGGUUAACUACGUGCAGGACACGUAUUCAGUAGAUGCCCCUCAGCCUCCCCGCCGAGACGGAGGCGACGUGUGUUCACCUGGAACUGUUGCCCGCUUUGAGGAGUACGUCCGGCGGUGCGAGCAGGUGGUUCGACUACAAGAGGAGCUGUGGGAGAAGCAAGCCCUGGUGGACGUGUUCGCGGCGCAGGUCCAGCAGGAGCUCAACCACCGCUGGAUGCAGCGGAGGAAGCAGCGGCGGCGCAAAGACGCCGAGCCGCACGCAGCGCCAGAGGAGCAGCUGCUUUGGGAAGAGGACAGGACCCGAACGCAACUAGAGGCGAGUUUAUACGUCGGCCUGCGCCUCAACGCGGAUUUAGAAGCUAUUAGGAGCGAUUUAGAGCUGACCCAGGAGAUUUGCGCCGCGAGGGAGAAGGAAAUGAGGGAUUUGCUGGAGAAAGUGAACACUUUGGACAUGGAGGACGGGGCAGUCAACGAGGAGAGAUGUGGGUCCGGGGCGGGUGAUGACACGGGAGUGACGUGCGCUUUGGAGAGGAAAACUGAGUGGGUGGAGCAGGCCAGGGGUCCGUCUAAAGCUCACAGUGUGGACGACGACGACUCAGACACUGGCUUAAGUUCUCUGCAUAGUCAGGACUCAGACUGCCACCCUGUGUGGGAGUCACUGGUUUAGGAUUCAUCUGACUGUUUAGGCCUCCACAGUCUGAAGGAUUACUUUGAUUGUAAACAUGUCAACAUCAUUCUUUUUGUAUCGCAUUCCCAACAAUCCUCACAUGUUCAUUUAUUUUUAUAUCUUCCAUUUAUUUUAUUUUUAUUUGGCGGGGUGCUAAGUGUUCAUUAUCACCAAUAAAGUUGUUUUGACAUUACAAAGAAA